UCCCUGGGGUACUGGGACGGAGGGUGCCACAAGGUGCCAGGACACCUGGACUGGACUGUGCCCCGCGGCCGUGUGGCACUGAACUUUGUCCCACUUGUCACCGUGGAGGGGCUGGGCCUGCCCGGGGUAUCCCCGACGUCACAAGCGCAGCAGGGUCACAGCACCCGCGGGGCGACACCGGGAGCUCCGGGACCGUCCAUCGUCCCACCGGGGCCAGCCUGACCAACUCCACCGGGCCAGACCCACCAUGGCCACCAGCGAGCCCACGCCGGCGCAGCCCAAGGCAGAGGAGCAGCAGAGCAUCGGGACGCGCGUGGCCAACCUGCCCCUGGUGAGCUCAGCUUACGACAUGGUGUCCUCCGCCUACACCUGCACCAAGGAGAGCCACCCCUACGUGCGCUCCGUCUGCGAUGUGGCUGAGAAGGGCGUGAGGACGCUGACGGCGGCAGCGGUGAGCGGGGCCCAGCCCCUCCUCACCCGGCUGGAGCCCCAGAUUUCUUCUGCCAAUGAAUUUGCCUGCAAGGGGCUGGACAAGCUGGAGGAGAAGCUGCCCAUCCUGCAGCAGCCCCCCCAGAAGAUCGUCUCAGACACCAAACUGCUGGUGACCUCCACGGUGACGGGGGCCAGGGAUGUGCUGACCAGCACCGUGGCCGGGGCCAGGGAUGCAGUGUCCAGCAGAAUGGCCGGGGCUAAAGAUGCAGUGUCCAGCACGGUGUCUGGGGCCAGGGAUGCAGUGUCCAGCACGGUGUCUGGGGCCAGGGAUGCAGUGUCCAGCACCGUGACCGGGGCCAAGGACGCGGUGGCCAGCCGAGUGACCGGUGUGAUGGACAUGACCAAAGGGGCAGUGCAGGGUGGCGUGGAGAUGACCAGGUCAGCGGUCAGCAGCGGUGUCAGCACCGUGGGCCAGAUGGUGGCCAGCGGGGUGGACUCCGUGCUGGGCAAGUCGGAGGAGCUGGUGGACCAUUACCUGCCCAUGACAGAUGGGGAGCUGGCCCAGCUGGCCACGGCCGUGGAGGGCUUCGAGCCGGAGCAGCAGCGGCAGCAGCAGAGCUACUUCGUGCGCCUGGGCUCCCUGUCCAGCAAGGUGCGGCAGCGAGCGCUCCAGCACUCCCUGAGCAAACUGCAGAGCUCCCGCCAGAGCUGCCAGGACCUGCUGGCCCAGCUCCAGCGCACCCUCGACCUGGUGGAGACCCUGAAGCAAGGCGUGGACCAGAAGCUGCAGGGAGGGCAGGAGAAGCUGCAGCAGCUGUGGCUGGAGUGGAGCAAGAAGCAGCCGGAUGGUGGCAAGGACCAGGUGCCACCGGAGGCGGUGGAGUCGGGCACGGUGAGCAUGCUGCAGGGCCUGAGCCAGCAGCUGCAGAGCUCCUGCCAGCCGCUGGUGAGCAGCCUGCAGGGCCUCCCCGCCGCCGUGCAGGACAAGGCGGGGCAGGUGCGGCACAACGUGGAGGGGCUGCGGGCGGCGCUGGGCUCGCUCCGCUCCCUGCAGGACGCGACGGGCCCCGUGCUGGCCCGGGCCCGCGACCACGCCGCCCAAGCCCGGCUGCUGAUGGACGAGCUGGUGGAACAAGUGGCCUUCAACACGCCCCUGACGUGGCUGGUGGGACCCUUCGCCCCCUCGGGCAAGCGCCCGGUGGAGCCGGAGGCGGAGUAGCGACGCUGGGCUGCUUCCCUCCCCAGAAAGCCUCGUUGGGAGUCUUUGCUACACACCCCUCACCUUGUGCCUGUCUCUGUGGGGACCCUCCUGCCUGCCCCAGCUCUGUCACUUGUCCCCUUGCUGGGGACCUGCAGUUGUGUGCCUUGGCUGCCCCAAGUGCCUCUUGGGGGUCCCCCGUGUCCUCGGUGCCUUUCGACUCUCACCCUUGUAGGGUCACAACAGCACAAGAAGCAAUAAACUCUGGUUAGUUUUGCA